AACGAUUCAUGACUACAAAGAACAGACAAUAUGGCGGACAGGCUAACGCAGCUCCAGGAUGCGGUCAACUCUUUGGCUGAUCAGUUCUGUAACGCCAUUGGAGUGCUGCAACAAUGCGCCCCACCUGCUUCCUUCAGCAACAUACAGACAGUCAUCAACAAGGAUCAACCGUCAAACCCCACAGAAGAGUAUGCCCAGCUUUUUGCUGCACUAAUUGCAAGAACGGCUAAAGAUGUUGAUGUCCUGAUCGACUCCUUGCCCAGUGAAGAAUCCACAGCUGCUCUACAGGCCGCGAGUCUUAGGCAGCUUGAGGAGGAGAACCACGAAGCAGCAGCUCGACUGGAAGAGGUGGUGUACAGGGGAGAUUUACUGCUGGAGAAGAUUCAGAGUGCUCUGGCUGAUAUUGCGCAAUCACAACUACGCACACGCAGUGGUACAUCCAGCCAACCCGUAGUCCCUGAUCCCUGAUUUCCAGCAGUAAAAUAAUGAACAGUAUUCAACAUACACAGCAGGGAAUCUUUAUUCCAUGUUCAUUUGUGUUUUUUGAGAUCAGUCUAUGCAGUUUGUCACUGAUGCUGUUGCUGAUGAUGCCUGGCUGAGGUCUAGCCUAUUACGCUGAACCAUGAGAUUACACAAAUGUUUCAAGAUUGUGAUGUCGUUAUGGUAAUCAAACAUGGGUUAAUAUGAAUGUGAACAUGUAUGUAGGCUGAGGUUUUAUUGUUAUACACCAAUAAAUAUACACCAUACGGUUGCAAAAAAAAGCUAUUUUUCCAAGGCUCUGAUAGUUUUGCUGGAUGUAAUGUGUGUAAGUAUUUUUUUGUAUUUUGUAUAAUGUACAAGUGUUCUACAAUGAAAUAAUGGUCACAGAUAUUAAUAACAUUAAAUGUGUCUGCGUUAAAUGUGUUACAUUUGUUAACAAAAUGAACUAUUAAGUCUGUAUUUACAAAUGGGAAAAACUUACUAAAUUCACAGAGUGUCCUCUUGUGUUUUGUUCAUUUCUCAAUGGAUUACAAAAAUUAGCAAAUGCACAAUUCUGUUGUGCUUUGGAAAAUCUCUCUGGGACUUUAAAGUUAGAAUUUACAACUUAUUGGUUUAUUGUAUGUUAAUUUUGGGUCUCUCUGUAGGUAGCCUAAAUGCAUGUUGUCAUCUUGUCUUAAACAUAAUCAUUAACAUACUCCUGUCCUUUUGUAUCAGUAGCCAGAGAUCUCCUUAAUUAAAUUUUUUUAACGAAGA